AUGGCCCCUCGAGUUCCCUCCUCCGCCGCACAAGAGGCUACCGAUAGGGUGCGCGCCGUUGCUCGGGCUCGCCAGAUGUGCGGCGAAGGGUCCUUGACAGACAUCGUCGACCCCAAGUUCCUGAAGGCAAUGCUGUCCACCUUCUUCGCUACGGCGCAAGACAUGGACAUCCCCGUCGGUCGCGUCGCCCUCAAUCGUGCCAAACGCGCGUUGGAUGCUGUCUCCGAGGUUUCGAAAGGAGCGACGCGGAUCACAAAGGCCGUUGCGCGCACUGCGUGGGCGCUUCUGCUCGUCGAGAUGAAAUUCGCCAGGAAGUACAACGCUCCCGCGUCCGUCGAACCCAUCGAGCGGUUCAUCGAGACUGUGACACGCGAGGCGCGACGGGAUAACAGCUGGGACAUCGGGAAGGUUCGAGGCUUCCUAGCGAGAGGUUGGCCAGAGGAACAGACGGUACGCAAGCUGAAGGCCAACGAGAUUGGUACUGUGCACUGGUGGCACGCGAUUGGCAAUUUGAAGGACAAGGAACCGCUGCUCCGGCAGAAUAUUUACGACGCAGCCUACGCUCUUCGGGCUCCUUCGCCUCCUCGUCCUACUGCGGCGUCUUCUGCAGGGAGCAGGCCCGGUCGCGAAGCUGCGGAAGCAACGAACGCCGCUUUGCGUGGUGCCGAAAUAAUCGACGACGACCGAGGCGGGACAUAUUCCCCAGCCAACAUCGACGCGGCCGAGCCGCGGGUCAACGAUGCGCAGGCCGCCCGACCGCGAUUUGGCGAAAACGCCGCAGCAAGUUUCACCUUCAGCGUCCCCGCCGGCGUUGACCAUGCUCCGCCACCGCCGCCGCCACCGCCACCGCCGGGAGCUUCGAGGCGCGCCCAACCAUCGCCGUGGCUUCCCCCUAGCGGCUUCACUGCGGAUCUAAAGUGGAAUAUUCCCGAUUACCACGAGCACAAGCGGCUACUUCUUAGAUGGCCGCGAGGGCAGCACGCUCCCGAUAGCGUGGUCUGGGAACACCCGCAUGCUCAUGGUCUCAGGGUGCUCGAAGAUGGUCUACCUGUCACAUCUAAGAAACCCUGCACGAAUUGCAGCAAACAGUAUUACACCUGCAUCCCCCGUGGUUCCAAAGCGUGUCUGCCUUGUUAUUGGGAGAAGGGUAGCCAGGGGAGGUGCGAGGGCAACAUACCACCUGACGGCCCGGUUCAGAAGCCGGACUUCAAGAUUCGCACACAGUACCUGCGAGAACUGGACGCCGCCGGCGUAUAUCCGUUUCCGCACCACUACGUUCUCGAGGACGGGCGCGCGCGUCACGGUGCCGGCGCUGGUGGAAUUGGGAAACCACCGGCUUAUCCUUCGCCGGCACCGCGGUACAGCCCGCCGAGGGCGACGUCGACUGCCUUGGAUCCGACUUCUGCGGCGCCUUCGUCAUCGUCCGCCGCCCCGCCUACUUCAGCCACUGGGCUACCCCCGCCUGCCGGGCCGGAAGCUGCUUCGCAACAAGCUACCGCGGAAGAAUAUGGUGCCCAGGAGCCUGCUGCCCCAGCGUCCGCCUCUGAGUCUGCCGCCGCCGCCGCCCAUGACAUAGCCGCCGUCGACGACGACAUGCUAGUCGACAAUUAUUCCCCCGCCGAUGCCCAGCCCGACCUCGCGACUGUGUCCGCGGAGAAUGUGACUGCCGCGCAUGAGGACGACGUAUCUCACCGCGGCCCGCAACAGCAGAGUUCCCGCUUAGGGAACGGAGCAGACCUCAACGCGGCGCGCGAGGACAGCGCGAUGGCGGAUCUGAGCAACAUGCCCGCGGGUACACGAAAGCGUCCGCGCGUACCUGCCGCCGGAGAGAAUGAACUCCCGACUGCCCAGGCUGGCGCCGCACCUGGCGAUGCGCAACCUCCACGCAAGCGCAAGCGCCGCGAAGGACCCACGGCCGCCCCAAAACCCAGCCCGGCGAAUGAUAGCGGUGCUCCCGCGCCUUCGCGUCCGAUGGAAGGUUCCCUGCGACCCGCCGCCGUGGCGUCGACGGCGCCAGUAGAAUCAGAGGUAGAAAGCGCUCAAGACACCGCCACUGACGUUCCUGAACCGCCGUCGCGAUCGCAGUCGUCUAUGGCGUCACCUGCGCCUGAACAAGAGCGCCAGGCGGCCCGCCCUGUUCGUCCUGCGGAUGGAAAGGGUAAGUCCCGCGCGGUCCACCGACCCAGGGGUGAUGAGCAGCGCGGGCAAUCAAGUUCCUCAAGUCGCGGUGUUCAGUUUCACCCUCCCGCUCCUGGCACUCGCCCUGUUCCAAGCGCGGCAGGCCCGAGAUUUGGCGGUCGUCCGCGACCUGUGAUACCGGAUAGCGACAUGCGAGUCGAAGGUGACAGGCCUUACGAGGCGUCGUCGGGCGGAGUGUCUCGUAUAUCCUAUCCUCAGGGCGCUCCCCCUCCCAUGUCGACUCUAAACCUCUCGGGCGACAUAUUUCUCGCCAACCACGUCGAGCGCGCGCUCUGCCAUGAGAUGCGCGACGUCAGCAAUCACCACCGCGACUGGAUCUUGGGGCGCUAUGAAAACGAGCAUGUCCUCCCGCGUCAUCGGGAGAUCAUAAGGUCGCUCCAAGAACUGAGAGACCGGAUCGCUCCGCAGGCUCUCGAUCCUUAUGCUGGCCGCACGGCCGCGGCUGCCAUAUCGGGACAGUCCAUCCCCGUUCAGGCUCUAGGCAAUCCUGCCAGGGCCAUCCCAGGCGACCCCUCCGUCACUGCCGCGGCGCGUACAACCCCUCCGCCUACCACUGGCAUCUCCGAGACGAGAUUGACUGAGAUACUCGCUGAGUCAUUUGCGCCAUUCCACGACAUGGCUGGGAAUGUGCAAGAUCUGACGCGGCGCUUUGCGGAACUAGAGCCGAUCGCCGGGCGUGUCAGCGAGAUGUCAGGGCGCGUGGAUGGCAUGUCAGGUCGAGUAGACAUCAUGGGCGCCGACAUGCAAGCGCUGGUCGCACGGGUGCAGCGACUUGAGGAUGUGAGCCCGCUCGCGCGGAAUAUAAGAGUCUUCAGCGAACAUCAAGAUCGCGUAGGCAAGGCUGCUGCUCCCAUAUUGGUCUUGCGCGCGCCGGAACCAGCGCACCAGUCGGUCUCUCAGCCGCCCCCAGAGCGGCGUCAGGCUGGCCGGACAGAAUCUUCGCCGUCUCGCGCUUCACUCAGCAUUUCUGUUUCGCGCGCGCUAGAUCGCGCCCGCGAGGCGUCCUCGGUGGAGCUGUCCUCCAGUGGGGGCAUUGUCCCGCCAGUUGGGGACAACCCUGCGCCCUCACAACGAGCGCCUUGUCCGGACGAAGAUAGUGUCGCCGCUGAUGAUACUUCGUUCACCCGACGCUCCUCUCCGCAGCACGAAGUCCCGCUGGCGGCUGCCGACCCCUUGACGCCUAUUCGAGAAGCCUCUUCUGGUCCCAAGAACAAUCCCCGCUCGGCGUCGCUCGUCUCGCAUUCUCUGGGCCACCCGCCGUCGUUGGACGUCGAGAUGGCCAACGCCGGUAUGCCGACGACUCCGACGUCAGAGUCGCCCCUCACGACUAGUCCGUCGCCCGGCAACUAUCGUCCUGCCGUCCCUACAAUCCCUGCCAACACCGCCCGCUCUCCUCAGCCGCAAAUAGCUGCCAAGGCCCGUUCAGCUCAAGCCGAAUCCAAUGCCGACGAAGGCUCGAGCGACGACGACGUCCCAAUGGAGACCGGCGAAGACUGGGCUCUUGGCGACUCUCGGAAACGCGGUGAAGAUGAGGAAGGCGAGCCUGAGGGUCAGCGCCCAGCCAAGCGACGGGCCGGCGACUUGAGCUCUGGGGAUGAGGACGCCGACGGUAGUUCCGAUGACCAGGCGCCGCCGCAGCCUGCGCGCGCAACAGCUUCUCAAGUCCCGGCGUCUCGCGUGGGCAAAGGCCGCGGCGCUGCUGCAGCGAGAGGCAACGCCGGGAGAGGCAAAGGCGCGAACGCUAGGCGCGCAGGGCUUCGUGAUCGCGCCCCACGAUCUGGGUAA